GGACAUUGUAAAAAGUCAGAGGAUUCUUCUUCUUAAUUCCAUCCAUCGCUUAAAAGUUACACACUUCUCGAUGAUCCUUAUCGGCUUUAAGAUUCUCCCUUUUGUUGAUCAAUCAUCGUUUCGUAGUUUGGAUUUUGAUUCUCCGCUGUUUUUACUCUCCUAUGUGUUUUGUAAUCUGCAAACUCAUUCCUCAACACCAACAAUAGAGUCUGUCUGAAUAUUUAUUUCAUUGGAGCUGCUAAAGUAAAAUUGAGAAAGUCUUAAUUAGAGUGGGAGAAUGGUGGGACCAACUUUGUUUCACCGGAAUAAGCAUUCUUGGCCGCCUGAGGAAUUCAUUUCCAAAACCACUUUGCAAUUACUUGAUUUUGAUAGUGCUGCUCCGCCACCACACGCAUGGAGGAGGAGAUUAAACUGCCAUGCCAAUAUCUUAAAAGAGUUCAAUAUCACUUUCAGAGAAGCCAUUAAAAUGGUACGCUUGGGGAUAAGAUUAUGGUCUUAUGUCAGAGAAGAGGCCUCUCAGGGAAGGAAAGCACCAAUUGAUCCUUUCACUAAAGAGAAUUGUAAACCAUCUGCAUCCCAAGGUGUUCCCCUCGGAGGAAUGGGAAGUGGAAGCAUAUCUAGGGGCUUCAGGGGUGAGUUCAAGCAGUGGCAAAUUAUUCCUGGAACGUGUGAUCCAUCACCUAUGAUGUCUAAUCAGUUUUCUAUUUUUAUUUCUCGGGAGGGUGCGCACAAAAAGUAUGCAUCAGUUUUGGCUCCAGGCCAGCAUGGAAGUUUAGGAAAAUCUCGUGAUACUGAUAAGGGAAUCUCUUCAUGGGGUUGGAAUCUGAAUGGCCAGCAUUCUACUUAUCAUGCGCUCUUUCCUCAGGCCUGGACUGUAUAUGAUGGUGAGCCAGAUCCAGAGCUGAAGAUUUCAUGUCGACAAAUAUCUCCCUUUAUACCAAACAAUUACCGAGAUAGUAGUCUUCCAGCAGCUGUUUUCGUAUAUACACUGGUGAACACUGGAAAGGAAAGGGCAAAAGUGAGCCUUCUUUUUACAUGGGCGAACUCAAUUGGUGGGAUUUCGCAUAUGUCAGGGGGUCAUGUGAAUGAGCCAUUCAUAGGCGAAGAUGGGGUCUCUGGCGUCUUCUUACAUCACAAGACAGGCAAUGGAAAUCCUCCUGUUACAUUUGCGAUCUCUGCUUGUGAGACUCAGAAUGUAAACGUGACUGUUUUACCAUGCUUUGGAUUGUCGGAAGACAAUUUUUUCACAGCGAAAGAUAUGUGGGAAACAAUGGAGAAGGAUGGGAAAUUUGACCAAGAAAACUUCAAUAGUGGGCCGAGCAUGCCUUCAUCACCUGGAGAGACUAUUUGUGCAGCGGUCUCAGCUUCAGCGUGGGUAGAGGCUCAUGGCAAGUGCACUGUAUCUUUUGCUCUAUCAUGGCCAUCACCAAAGGUGAAAUUUUCUAAGGGAAGCACUUAUGACAGGAGAUACACCAAAUUUUAUGGAACUUCGCCAAGAGCAGCUGUGGAUCUUGUGCAUUAUGCACUAACACAUUAUAAGAGGUGGGAGGAAGAUAUUGAGGCGUGGCAAAAUCCCAUUCUUAAAGAUGACAGGCUUCCUGAGUGGUACAAGUUUACUCUGUUCAAUGAGCUUUACUUUUUGGUAGCCGGUGGUACAGUCUGGAUAGACUCUGCUUUACUUCAAAAAUCUGAAAUAAGAAAUUCAUAUGGUAAAGCUAGUGGAGUUGAUAGUAAAGAACAUCAAAAUAACCUUGAUAAUGGCAACAGCGAUGGAAAAGAAAGCAAUGUAGAAGCAUCAGUUAUUCAAAAAAGGAACGGUUUAGUUGUGGACACAUCGCACGCAGAUGAUGACAACGAUGUUGGUCGGUUUCUGUACUUGGAAGGUGUUGAGUAUGUGAUGUGGAACACAUACGAUGUCCACUUCUACGCAUCAUACGCCCUCCUUAUGCUAUUCCCAAAGAUCGAACUAAACAUCCAGCGGGAUUUUGCUAAAGCCGUGUUGUCAGAAGAUAAAAGGAAAGUUAAGUUCCUAGCAGAAGGAAACUGGGGAAUCCGCAAGGUCAGAGGCGCUGUUCCUCACGAUCUAGGGAUGCACGAUCCGUGGAACGAGAUGAAUGCCUACAACAUACACGACACAAGCAAGUGGAAGGAUCUUAACCCAAAGUUUGUGCUUCAGGUGUACAGAGACUUUGCAGCUACAGGAGAUUACCAGUUUGGAAUAGAUGUUUGGCCUGCAGUUCGUGCUGCUAUGGAGUACAUGGAGCAGUUUGAUAGAGACAAUGAUGAUCUGAUAGAGAACGACGGUUUCCCGGAUCAGACGUAUGAUACGUGGACCGUUCAUGGAGUGAGCGCCUACUGUGGUUGCCUGUGGCUUGCUGCUCUUCAAGCUGCAGCGGCAAUGGCUCUUCAAAUUGGUGAUAAGUUCUUUGCCGAGUUAUGUAAGAAUAAGUUUUUGAAUGCAAAGGCAGCAUUGGAAGCGAAACUCUGGAACGGAACGUACCUGAAUUAUGACAGUGGGGCGAGCAGUAACAGCAAAUCUAUACAGACUGAUCAGCUGGCUGGUCAGUGGUAUACUGCAUCCUCAGGUCUGCCUCCAAUUUUUGAGGAUUUCAAAAUCAGAAGCACUCUGCAAAAGAUAUUUGAUUUCAAUGUGAUGAAGACCAAAGGAGGGAGAAUGGGUGCUGUGAAUGGGAUGCAUCCUGAUGGGAAAGUUGAUGAGACGUGUAUGCAGUCGCGUGAGAUAUGGACAGGUGUCACUUAUGCAGCUGCAGCUACUAUGAUCCUCUCUGGAAUGGAGGAACAAGGGUUCACUACCGCUGAGGGUAUUUUCACAGCUGGCUGGUCAGAAGAAGGCUUUGGAUAUUGGUUCCAAACACCGGAAGGUUGGACAACGGAUGGGCAUUACAGGUCAUUGAUAUACAUGAGACCUCUGGCAAUAUGGGGAAUGCAAUGGGCGCUGUCGUUGCCAAAGGCAAUUCUUGAUGGUCCUAAGAUCAACAUGAUGGACAGAGUUCACAUGUCCCCUAUAAGCCGCAGAUUCUCUCACAACGUCAAAGUUGUAAAACACAAAGCUAACUGUUUCGGCAAAUGUAAAUUAAGCUGUCCCUGCUGA